GUUCCUUUCCUUUCGCGCUUGAAACUCCUCCACCCCCCAUUGCCCCACGGAUCUCGCAAAAGGAUUGGCACAGAGAUAGAAACAGGGGAAGGAAGAGAGAGGAAAACAGGGGAAUAGACAGAGACAAAAACAGGGGAGGAGAGAGAAAACGCUGGAGAAAGAAGGAAGAGAAAGGGUUGUUCAUUAACCUGCUCUGUUCCUUAACAAAGCCUCCAUUUCUUCCCACGGGUCUCGCACACCCUCUUGGGAAAACCCCCCAAAAGGGUUGCGUCCAAUUUCGUGGAAGAACAGAGACAAGCAGGGGAAGAGAGAGAAAAAAAUUAAAAAAAAAAACAGAGGUUGCUCUGUUCCAAAACAAAGGCUCCGUUUUCCCCUGCAAUUCUGAAUGCCCUUGUUUGUGUGUUUGUCUCGUUUCGCUCUCUUCUGAAUCCCCUUGUGCUGGGUGCAGCAACCGCAUUGGGGGGUGCUGAUGUAGGGGAAACUCUCCCCUACAAUCACCAUCAUCCAUUGUUGUUUUCUUCUUCUUAACCAAAUGGGUUGCAUUAACUCGAAGAAUGUGGUUGCCAGAGCCUAUUCUCCGUCGCCGGGGGAGAUGGUCAUUUCGGAGGUGGUUCCGGCUUCCUCCAAGGGCCAUUCGGCGUGGCUGGGACCCGAAUCCAAAAGGGGUUCAGAGGAUAAGUUCAAGAAGCAUGCUUCAAGAAAGAGUAAUGGGUCUUCUUUCGGCUUCAGGCUUGGGUUGGCUCAGAGGUAUGCAGAGGCUGAACAGAAUGCAGCUGGUUGGCCUCCUUGGCUCACUGGUGUCGCAGCUGAAGCCAUUCAAGGGUGGAUCCCCCUCAAAGCUGAUUCCUUUCAAAAGCUAGAAAAGAUUGGACAAGGUACAUAUAGCAGUGUGUUCCGAGCUCGUGAAGUUGAAACUGGGAAGAUGUUUGCUUUGAAGAAGGUGCGCUUUGACAAUUUACAACCCGAGAGCAUUAGGUUCAUGGCACGAGAAAUAACAAUUCUCCGCAGGCUUGACCACCCAAACAUCAUGAAAUUGGAGGGCAUAAUCACUUCUCGUAUGUCAACCAGCAUAUACCUUGUAUUUGAAUACAUGGAGCAUGAUCUUGCUGGCCUAGUAUCACGUCCUGAUAUUGUGUUCUCUGAAUCACAGAUAAAAUGUUACAUGAGGCAGUUAUUAAGUGGACUUGAGCAUUGUCAUAUGCGUGGUAUCAUGCAUCGAGACAUCAAAGUAUCAAAUAUCUUAUUGAACAAUGAAGGUGUUCUUAAGAUAGGAGAUUUUGGAUUAGCAAAUACAAUUAGCACAAAUAACAAACAUCAUUUGACAAGUCGUGUUGUGACUCUAUGGUAUCGUCCUCCUGAGCUCUUGAUGGGAUCGACCAACUAUGGAGUGUCAGUGGAUCUGUGGAGUGUUGGUUGUGUAUUUGCUGAACUUUUUCUUGGGAAGCCUAUCCUUAAGGGGAGAACUGAGGUUGAACAAUUACACAAAAUUUUUAAGUUGUGUGGUUCUCCACCUGAGGAGUUCUGGAAAAAGAAUAAGCUUCCUCAUUCAACAAUGUUUAAGCCUCAGACUAAUUAUGAAAGCUCUUUACGGGAGAGGUGUGCAGAUUUUCCUGUAAUUGCUGUAGACCUACUUGAGACUUUAUUGUCCAUUGACCCAAGCAACAGGGGGACAGCCUCCUCUGCCCUAAUGUCUGAGUAUUUCAAUGUCAAGCCAUAUGCUUGUAGCCCAUCAAGCCUGCCAAAAUAUCCACCUAGCAAAGAAAUGGAUGUCAAAUGUCAGGAAGAUUCUUCCAGGAAAAAGAGUGGAGGUAAAAUUAGAGAGGUUGCAACAUCAAGAAGGCAGCAAAGACGAGUCCCUAAGGUUUUGCAAGAUCCAAAUAACUUUGGCAAAUCAAUUUCAAAAGAGAACAUUCCUCAAAAUGCUCGUAGAGAUGAUGGAAAUGCACAUCUUACAAAGGGAAAAGGAGGAGCCAUGCACACAAAGCCUACAAUGGAUGCUAUGUCUGAGACCUCCCAAAUCAUGAAUCUUGCUAAUGGUAAUGGCUAUAGUGUACCAGUACACCCAGGAUCUACUAAUGACUUUACAUGGGCAAAAAGGAGAAAACAAGAUGCAUCAUCCACACUAUCAGAUGGCUCAAGAAGUAAAAUUAGUGCAUUGGAUCCGCACUUUGCAAAAGGCACAUAUGACUUAACCAAUCAAAGGGUGACAAUGGAUUUUGACCCCGCAGAACUGAUAAAUGCUCAGGCCAACAGAGACGAACAAUGGAAUGAAAAUGGUAUAAGGCGCGCAGCUCGAAAAUCAAGAUUUGGAAGAGACAAAUGAGGCAUGAAUUGCAGGAGUGGUGUAAUCCUAACCACUACAAGGGUGUCUAACAAAACAUUUUGGCCAUUGAUGGACUCUAUUAGGGGUAUCUAAGCCCUUUUAGUUUUUGACUUGACCUCUCGUGACAUCAUGGUGGCACUUCCCUCCUUUUGAUCACAAGAGUUAAUUGUUCAUUCCCUUCUAUCAUAAACAGGAUUGACACUCAAAUAUAGGAUGAUAGUAUACACUUGUAACAAUGCCAAAAUGGAAGGUGGUACGAUUAAAGAAUGUUUUAUUUUUUUCAUUGAAUUUUACUAUCCUGCUACAUGUCAAUUUUCUCUCAAUGUAGUAUUUGAAAGGGAAAGAAAAAAAAAAGAAUAAGACACUACACCAUAAAUAUAAAGUACUACAACA